AUGCAAACCUCUAACAAACACCUAACUUUUGCUCCGCCGCAAGUAUUUAUUGACAACAGCCGGGGGUGUGGAGGGGAGGGCAGGCGCACGCCCUGCCUCCCCACACAGCACUUACCAAAGCCUCUCGGUCACUUGGCUGCCUGCCCGCUCCUGCGCGGGUGCGGACAGCGGCCGCUCCUGGGCAGCCUCUCGGGGGCGCGGAUCGUGGGCGGCCGCGACGCUCAGGCCGGAGCGUGGCCGUGGUCCGUCAGCCUCCAGAUUCACCAGGCCGGUGUACGUUUCGCACACGUUUGCGGUGGAGUUCUAGUGAAUGAGAAUUCAGUACUUACCGCUGGCCACUGCGUUACGGGAAGGAAGGACCCAUAUUCCUGGAGAGCCGUUUUGGGCGUGCAUAACCUUUGGAAACAUGGUGAACACGCAGCAAAAAGAAGUAUUCGAAGCAUCGCCGUGCACCCGGAAUUCAAGAGAGAAACAUUUGAAAAUGAUAUUGCAUUAUUCGAACUCGAUUCCGCGGUACGCUACAGCGACUACAUCCAGCCUAUCUGCUUACCUCCCGCACCCCUUCGCCCGUACAUCGACAACGACACAGAAUGCUUCAUUAGUGGUUGGGGGCGUACAGCAGAAAAAGGUAAAACUUCGGCUGUGUUAAAAGAAGCACAAGUGGAAAUCAUUCCUUCUAGCGUCUGCAACAGUUCUGAUGCGUAUGGAGGCCUGGUUAACAACAACAUGAUUUGUGCUGGCUCUCGAUCAGGAGGCACCGACAGCUGUCAGGGCGACAGCGGUGGACCUUUAGCGUGCUACCACCCUGGUACCAACAAAUACUAUCUCAUAGGGAUUGCUAGUUUUGGAGUCGGCUGUGGCCGACCAGAGUUUCCUGGGAUCUACGUCCGUUUAUCCCAAUACAGAAGCUGGAUAAAAUCUGAACUUCUGUUGAGUAACGAGGCUGUGAACCCCGCGAGCGCCACGCUUACCAUCUUUCUGACCGCGAUAGGUGCGGUACUCGCGUAG